CCCAGCUGCUGCAGCUGCCUCCUAACCCAGUACUCCUUCCUACAAGCGGGUUCAAUUCUCGCGUUCUAUCGUCAUCCACUAACCGGUACUGAUCGCGUAUUCAUUCCCUUUCGAUAGUAUCGCAAAACCAACAACCUCCAAAUCCAACGACAUUUCCAACAGCAAAGCACACAAAUACACAUCUGUACAUUCAUAACCAUGGCCGAACACAGAGAACCCCCUGCCAUCGUCGAGGGCGCCACGACGGCUGAUGUGGAGGACGAGGUCGAGCAGACGGCCAAGUCGGCCGAGGACCGCAAGGCUGCCGCCGCCAUGGCCGCCCUCGACGCACGGGACGAAGACACGGCCAACAAGAACGUCGAUCAAGAGGCCGUCAGCAAGGCUAUGAGCCAGCUCAAGACCGAUUCAAACGUCAAAAAGGAUGUCAAAAAGGCCGUCAAGGUUGAUGCUGCUGAUGUGGCGCUGCUUGUCGAUCAGCUUGAACUCGCAAAGCCCAAAGCUACGGAGCUGCUAAAACAGCAUGACGGCAACGCGGUCACUGCCAUGCGGGCAUACAUCGCGGUACAAUAAAUAGCAGCUCACGGCGUUAACGCCGUCAUGAUCUCUUGACAAAUUCAUGUCAAGUUUCGCGGGGGGGAGGGGGGUUGGACUCAUACAGAGGUGCCCACUAUCCUAUGCAGUCUCGUCCAUUGGAAACGUUAGUCAAUUGCACGAGUGACUUGUGGCCACCCUCUGACCUAAUGAGUACUCGCACUGCGAAGCCUUGGCCGAUGGUAAAUAGAUCACAGAACCUGACGCUACGAAGACGUAGAGAACAACGACAAAUGGCAAUCACACCAGAUUUCGGAGGGUCAUGUUGUUAGUACGCUGUGAAAUAGAGCAGCGUGGAACACUUUGAUACUAUUGUGACCAAUGCUCCAAAGAGCGUUGUUACUGACAAACGUAGGAUCAUGGGGUUAGUACUUUCUAGUCAAGUCACGUCAAAGCGCAAGUCGGCUGGCACAGAAAGCAGCUGUGUUUGUGGAUGGUCACGGGUAGAACAGCGUUAUAUACCACCAGUAAUUCCCUGCCGACUACACCCUUAAACCGACCCAAAUAUCCCCAACUCCGGUAAAUGAGGUGCUAAAAAGCCCAAGUCCUUGCCAUACAAGAACUACAAUGAGCGGCAAGCCACAUAUGGAUGCAACAAUAACACGAAAAAAGGUAUGACGAAAAAAGCUCACGAUAGCUAGGUAGUCCCUAGCUACCUGAGAGACAGUGAAUGGGAGAGAAGCGAAAAGAUAGAACAACAAAUCCUGGACUCCAUCCAAACCCCAAACAAGAGUUUCGGUCCCUUGCAACCCCCAAAAUAUUGAAGAAAAAGAACGAGAAAACUCCAACCCCC